AUGAAUACCGGGAAGACUGCUACCGGAAAAGACUAUGUAAAAGACGAAAUAAUUUCGGUCUCAAUAAGCCUUCGCGAACCCCCGCUGGAUGAUGAAAAGAUAGAUUUGGUCUUAAAAUUGCCUAAUUUAAGCGAAGCAGAAUUCGAAAAUUACAGUCCGGAAAUUGAAAAGGCGAAAGAAUUAUUUACCAGUUCACUGGGUUCUACUACUGAUAUUAUUCAUAAGGAAAUGUAUACUUUUUUGGAUAGAAAAGACCGAGUAUUAGCCUUAAGACCAGAAGGGACCGCCAGCACGGUGCGCUUAGUUUGCCAAAAUAAUUUGAUUAGAGAGGGAGUAGAAUUAGUUAAUGCCGAGGGAGUAAUUGCUGAUUAUCAAAUAUUAAAACUGGUUACUGAUAUUUUACAUGGCUUAGGGAUCAAAAAUUUUCAUUUUCGUUUAAAUUAUCUGGGAGAUGUGGAAACAAAGGAGAGGUAUAGAAGAGAAUUGAAAAAGUUUAUUGAAAAAAACCCUUUGGUGCGCGGAUUAGAUUAUUAUACAGGGUUGGUUUUUGAAGUUGACUUAGGAGAAAAAAAAUCAAUUUUAGGGGGAGGUAGAUAUGACAAUCUCUAUCAAGAAGUAGGAGAUAUAAGUGCUCCCGCUAUUGGUUUUGCCAUUGGAAUUGAGAGGUUAGUAGAUCAUUUAGGGGAAAAAGGAUUAUUGAAAGUUGACAAUAAAAAGAUUGAUGUUUUUUUUCUGGCAACCCAUCCAGAAGUUUACUUGGAUAUUCUUGUUUGA